CCACCAGCCAAUGGUAUCGGAGUGUGUUGGGAGGUGGGAGCGGCGGUUUUGAAGAUGGCGGCGGCGGCUCUGGUGAUGCUCGGGUCGAGGUCCCGCUCGGGGUCGCUGCGUCGGCUGACGGUGAGGGGUUUGUGGGCAGCUGCCCGGCCUCUCUCCGCCCUGAGCGUCCACGCAAACCGCCCCACGUCCCAGGCGCCGGAUGGACCGCGGGGGCCCCGGUUCGUUGGUAGUUGCGGAAGACCACAGAUUUACCUUGCACUCGGUCAACCUAUUCGCCACCUUUGCUCAGAUGGCAGCAACUUGGAAGGACGGUUGAUUUACAGUGGAAACCUGGCCAGAGUAGUACUUGGGGUGAAAUUCUUCUCCUACUCCACCAGCAUUUUCACUUUAUGUAUGAUGCCUUAUAUUCUCCUCCAUUCUGGUCUUGGAAUUCAGAACCCUGCAUUACAGGUGGCUUUCUGUGGCAUAAUGGGAUUCUUUACUUUUUUAAGUCCGCUGGUAUUACACUUCCUCACGAAAGGUUAUGUGAUUCAUCUAUAUCAUGAUGCAAAAACUGAUAACUACACAGCAAUCACUUAUAGUGUUCUCCUCCAGCAGAAGAAAACUGUUUUCCAUCAAAAGGAUGUGAAAGUUCCAGGAGUCAGCAAACUGUUCACCACAUUUUAUGCGAACAACAAGUCACUGCUAGUAAAUCCAGUUCUUUUUUGGCAUCCAAAUGACUACAGUCACCUAAUGGGUUAUGAUCAGCCCUUCUCCUUUAAUUUGGAUGAACUGAAAAAAUAAUGAUGAAAAGGAAAGGCGAUGUUACUUCCACGGCUGUUCUCUCCAUCAUUGUAGUUAGCAGUGAGCUGCGUUUAUAUCUUAAUUUUGUACAUUUGGAUUGAACAUAAACACAAGGAAGAAAUGCGCAGAUACCGGAAAUUUGAAAGGAAAACAGAACAUUUUGUAUUCACUUAGCAGAUCAAACAGCAUCUAUUCUUUAUAAAUGUUAAAUUGACAUUUUGGGUUUAUGUCUCCAUCAAAUCCAUGCUGACGACAGAUCUGUUGUGUGCACAACUACAGAAUGUAUUUUUUAUAAUGGUUCUAGUUUUUGUUUCUUGUAUAACCUCGACACAUUUGACAUUGUCUAAUAGGAAGUGCUUGUGGUUACAGAGAGUUGACUUGAGCCUUCUCUAAUUUUCACUUUCUCCAGUUAAACAGGCAAUAGCUGUGAUUUGAGAGGGUAAUUAUCUAAAAUGGCCUCUACCAUUAUUGCUUUGAACUACUUGCUGAAGGGUAGUGAAGCAGUUUUGUUUCAAAGAAAAAAAUUGUCCUUAAUAACACAGAUCCUUUAGCUAAGUAGAGUGUGGAAUUAAAAGAAAGGAUAUGUUGCUAGUGGCUGAGAUUUAAGCAUCUGACUUUUUAAGGUUUAUUACUUGGCAGGAGCUGUCCCUUCUGGUGAUGCCACUCUAUCUGUCUUGCUUUUGUAAGGAAGCACCUGAUUGCUAACAGGAAAGUAAUGACAGAUGCCAUGCUGCAUUAUUUUAGUUGCUUCACUUUUCCAUCUUGGAGAGUUUCCCACAGGCGAGAGCUUUAUGUUUGUGACCAAAAUGGCAGCCUAAUUUGUUGAUCAUAAGAUGGAGAAAUUACUGUUCAGUGCAUCAAAAAAACUAGAUAAAAGCAAAAUACUGUGAGAAAUCUGAAAUGAGCACAGUGCUGGAAAAACUCAACAGCAUCUGUGGGGAGAAACAGAAAAUUGUUUCAGACAAUUCCUUGAAUUCUGAUGAAAAACAUUUGUUUGCUUUUGCAAACUGGUGAUGUUCUAUUUUUAUUUCCAAAAUACCCAGUUGAUCAGUUUAUGUAACAUAUUAGCAUGAUUGAUGUAUAAACUGUGUAGAUGAAAAAGAGAAAGGCAUCUGGUUCUAUUGCACACAAUUCCUGUUCAAUUAUAUUUUCUAAAGACUAUUAAAAAGUGAGAAUGGCAAAUGGUCUUUCAUUUUCCUUAAUGCUGCUGAGAAAUAUGUACGGAUCAUUUCUUGUUUCAGGUUGUAAAAAUCAACUGAUACAUGACACUAAGGACAUUUUCUGUUGUGUCAGCAAAUUAGGGACUUGUCACACUUGUAAUAUAGGCUGAUUAUGCAAAAGGUUUCUUUAUUGGGUAGCAGAAUUACUUAAAUUUGUACAGAACUCGUCUCAACAUUUGAUAUUCCAAAGUACUUUACAGUCAGUUAGGUAAUAAUGAAGCAUAGUGUUGUAAAGUACAAAAUUGUGACAGCCAGUUUGCACACAAGCUCCCACAAACAAAUAUGAUGACCAUAUUCUUAAAAAUUAGUUUGCAUAUAAAAUUACAGUUUAAUUCUGUUUCAUUGCAUUCUAGAUUUUUUUUUAAAAAAAGUAACCUGAAUGUGGAUUGACAGGAUGUGGAAGUGCAGGUUUUACAGAAGUUUCCCCUGGAAUGUUAUAUGCAUCCAGAACCUAUUAUAAAUGUUGCAAUUAAUUAAAAUGACUUAACCAGAUGGCACACUUGCUAACCAAAUAAUUUUGCACUGUAUUCUAAUUUAAAUGGAGUAGAGUGAAUGGAAUUGGAAAUGACUUUGAUUACAAGGGUUAACUAUAGAAUUUCCUUACUAUUCUCCCCCUCUCUUUCCUUCAUUUGCUGAUUCACCAACCUUUUGUUGUAGUCAGGAGAAUGUGAUUUCUGCUGUUAAGACCAGGCUAGUUACUGUGGUUAAAAUGGAUUUGUGAUAGUUUUAUAUCUUGCAUCCAAGUGGGGAAAUGCAUGGCUUUCUGCAUUGUAACUCAGCUGUGUACUUUUUUUGACUUCCUUGGUAUUUUUUAAUGAAAUAUAUUUGUGUAAGUAACCACGAGCUUUGGGAUAGGAAUGUUUAAGUUGUUGGGUAAAGACGGAAAUUUCUGUAAUUUGUGAAUAUUUGAUGGAGAAUUGAAAGCAGCACGUUUGUUGGGUUGAUCUAUCAUGAGGAGAAAGUGAUGUAUCAUGAGCAGACUAAUUAGCUUCUGUGGGAUAGAAAAGUAAGGUGUCUUGCAUUUUUAACUGCUGUCUUUGUAUUAGAAACUUCAUUUAGGAUUAUUAUUACAAAAUCAUCAUGUUAUUGGUUGUAUUUAUCAAAUCCCAGAGUCCUUGACCUAAGCACAGUUGCCUUUUAUGGAGUAUUUCCGAACAAAAAUAUAUAAGAUUUAAUGUGAUUUUCAAUCUUGAAUUGCAAAAGCCAAUUUACAUUUACAACACUUGCAGGUUAUAUACAGCAACACCUGAGUCACGCAACAAACACAAUAUGAUGACUUGAAAAACAAAUGCAUAAUGUUGAGCAGGUCAGGUUGCAUCUAUGGAACAAGAAACAAUUAAGGUCUUUGCUAGAUUCUUUGCUAGAACAAUAUUGUGGUGGUUAUGGAAAUGUGACAUCCUUUUGUUUUCUGUUAUGGUAUGUGAAUUUGGUUGGCUUUAUUUGGUGCUCUUUGACAUUGGUAGCUUUAGUACCAAGAUCUCAAUUGAGCAGAAUCAUGAUUAUUAGCCAAGUUUUUUAAAAAAAAAUUAAAAACUAAUUACUGAAACAUAUCCAGUUGUUAAGUAUGAAUGAUUCUGCAAUGUUCUAUUUUUAGUAUUUUAUUUGAUGUAUUUUAAAGUAUAUUGCGACAAAGUGGUGAAUAUUCACUUCACUUUAAUUGGUUCCAAGAACAUAAAUAGAAGCUGUAGAAGAUUAGUUGGAGCUCUGAACCAACACUUCCAUUCAUUAAGUGCAUGGACAAUCUCCAUAUUGACUCUAACUUCCCUACAUCAUUCCUUUAGUAUGAAAAUUCCAUCUAAUUUUAUCGUCAAUAUUUCUGAAUGAUUCUCAUCGAAGAAUUGAAUAUUAAAUUGUGGACAACUUUCUUUUAGACAAUUUUUUUUUUAUAACCUGUUGGCAAGAGGCAUAAUGUUGAUUUAUUGAACCUGACUAGUGAUGCUCAGUAUGAUAACCAUCAGCAAUGUUAACUUUACACACUUCACUGGACUUUCUUACUAAUUUUAAUAAAAGUAAAACUAAUAAAAAUAUGGACCUUGAGGCCCAGAUACUUCAGCUUUUGUUUUUAAAAAAGCUGUAUUUGUUAUGAAUUCAAUUUAGUAUUAAGCAUUCAGAUAAUUGCUAUUUCUGGUAGUGUCUAAAAGUCCAUUUUAAAAAUCUUCAACAUUUUAGCUGGCUUACAUGAAAUAAAAAAAAUGAACAAUCACUGAAAUUGAUAUUCCAUUGUGUUGUAUAGUUUCUGCUUUCUUAACCCCACAUACUAUAUUUAAUGUGAAAGUUAUUGUUUUUGUUAAAUGCAAAGUCGCUGAUUUUUGUAAAGUGCAAGUAAUCUUUGUACAUCACCAGUGAACCAAUUGUAAUUAAUUUAUAUGUUUGUUUAGUGCUAUAGAUUAAAAGCAUAUUUAAAUUUAA